AUGACGUCUGAAAACGACAUGGCUCUCAGCCAUGCCGAGUACUGGGACGAGUACUAUUCCAAGUCCGAUGGGGCGGCGCCGACGCACGAAUGGUUCCGCUCCUUUGGCGAUCUCGAGCAAUUUUUCCGGACCAACUUUUUCGACGCCGACGGUCUGACGCCCAGCGACAAACCCCUUAUUCUCAACCUCGACUCUGGAGAUAGUGUCAUUCCGGUCGAACUUGCGUCCCGGGGCUAUCAACGCCAGCUCUGCGUCGACUUCUCCCGCUGGCACCUUUGA